AUGUUAAGUCAUAGUAAAGCAAAAAAAUUGCUUCAAAUUAUAUCACGCAGAAUUGGCACAACAUCUCGAAUAAGUGCAAGUCAUUAUGAUGUCCUAGGAGUGACGCCAAAAGCAACACAAAGUGAUAUUAAAUCUGCAUAUUAUAACUUAUCUAAAUUAUACCAUCCAGAUACUUCCAAGGAUGACGAAUCUGCAAAAAAAUUUAGAGCAAUUACAGAAGCCUAUAAAGUUUUAGGAAAUAUUAAACUAAAAAAAAUGUAUGAUAAAGGUCUACUUGUAGGCAGAGAGAAUACAAGCCGCAUGGAUUACAAGGCUGAUGAUGAGCCUACUGAUCCUGUUCUUAAAUUCUAUAAAUCACGUCAUACAAGAAAUGUUGUACCUACCAUGGAUGGAAAAACACCUAUUUAUGAUUUUGACACUUGGUCUAAAAAUCAUUAUGGCGAUUUAUUAAAGAAAUCUCAAUAUGAAAAAGAAUUUAUCCAAAAAAAGAGACAAAAAAUAUAUGAUGAGACGACAUCGGUCAACCAAGAGAUGGUGAUGUAUUUUAUGAUUUCAAUUUGUGCACUUUUUGCUGGAUUUCUUAUUUAUGGAAAGUCUGAUUAUGAUCAAAAUAUCAUUGAGAAACAAAAAGAUCCCAAUAUGUACUCAAAAAAUACCAAGAAGCCGGAGAAAGUAUCAAAUAGU